CUAGAAACAAAACGCCAAAAUGCAAACAUAGCAUCAACAACAUAUUUUUAUUUGUUGUUUCUAUUUAUUCCAAAAAAACUAAAUAGAGUUUGUGAAUAAUUUAUCACAAAAUAACAUUGCUUUGUGCUGUAGAUUAUUUCAGUACUAUCAAAAUGACGGAAGUUCAGCUACAAGAGUUCAAACUCGAUCCCGACUCCGAACUCAGAUUUGAAGUCGAAUCUAAGAACGAGAAAGUGGUUUUAGAGGUUAAGAGUGGUUACGCGGAGCUAUUCGGCACGGAGCUGGUGAAGGGCAAGGCGUAUGAGUUCCACACGGGCGCCAAGGUGGCGGUGUUCACGUGGCACGGCUGCACCGUGGAGCUGCGCGGCCGCACCGAGGUCAGCUACGUGGCCAAAGAGACACCUAUGGUAAUAUACCUGAAUGUCCACGCGGCGCUGGAGCAGCAGCGGGUGGCGGCGGAGCAGGAGGGCACGCGCGGGCCGGUCACCAUGGUGGUCGGGCCUGGCGACGUUGGCAAGUCCACGCUCGUGCGGAUACUCCUCAACUAUGCUGUGAGGAUGGGAAGGAGGCCUAUAUAUGUGGACUUGGAUGUUGGACAAGGGUCUAUUAGUGUUCCUGGGACUAUUGGUGCCCUCUUGGUGGAACGUCCAGCAUCAAUAGAGGAGGGCUUCAGCCAGCAGGCGCCGCUGGUGUACCACUUCGGACACAAGUCUCCCAAUGACAACCUGCAACUCUACAACACCAUCGUGUCCAGGCUCGCCGAGGUCAUUACAGAGAGGAUUGACUCUAAUAAGAAAGCGUCAACAUCGGGAGUGAUCAUCAACACGUGCGGCUGGGUGAAGGGGCCCGGGUACAAGGUGUUGACACACGCAGCACAGGCCUUCGAGGUGGACGUGAUUCUAGUUCUAGACAACGAAAGAUUGUACAACGAAUUGAAGCGAGACAUGCCCAAGUUUGUCAAAGUGGUCUACUUACCAAAGAGUGGUGGGGUGGUGGAGCGCACGGGCGGGCAGCGCGCGGAGGGCCGCGACGCCCGCGUCCGAGAGUACUUCUACGGCAAGCGCACGCCCUACUACCCGCACUCGUUUGAUGUCAAGUUCAGCGAUCUCAAUAUUUAUAAGGUGGGCGCGCCGUCGCUCCCCGACUCGUGCAUGCCGCUCGGGAUGCGCGCGUCGGACGCGCUGACGCGGCUGGUGGCCGUGUCGCCGUCGCCCGCGCUCGCGCACCGGCUGCUGGCCGUGUCGUUCGCCGCCGGCCCGGAGGACCAUGUGCUGCACUCGAACUUAGCCGGGUUCCUUUGUGUCACGGCGGUGGACAUGGAGCGGCAGACCAUGACCGUGCUGUCCCCGCAGCCGCGGCCGCUGCCCAACACUGUACUUCUACUGUCAGAGAUGCAGUACAUGGACAACCACUAGACGUCGAGCACCUCCGCACAGCCGUUAGACCAAGGAUUGCCGCUACACGCUGAGUUGCAGAAAGGAACUUUAAGCUAAUGUCGGCAUUAAAUCUAUGUCUGUCUCUUUCUGUCCGUAUACUGUCAAAGCAAGGCAGGUAUACAUUUAAGGUCAGCAUUAGCUAAAAGUUCCUUUCUGCAACUCAGUGACAGC